AUGACAAUCGACAAUGUGGACUACGGGAUCGAAGUGACGCAGUGCUAUGGGCAGCGGAACCUGACUCUGUGUAAUGAGUACCCUAGCAACCUCACUAUUUCAGACAUCCACUUUAAAAACAUCAAGGGCGUGACUUCGGGCAAGUAUGAUCCCAAGGUUGGUAGGAUUGUAUGCUCUAGUCCUAAGGUGAGUGGUCCAGCAUGCCAGACAACACCAGGAAGCUCUUCUAGGGUAUAA